CUGGCGCACGCGUCGCUAGUCCGAACUCCCCAACGAUCCGCCAUUUUGUUUGAACAGCUGUCAUUCUGUUGCUAGUGCGCGCUUGGAGCGAAAAAUUAAAAAAAAUGGCGGUGUUAAAGUUAGUGUUGUGUUUAAGUUUCGUGCACAUGGUUUUCGCUAAAGGGUCAGAAGCCCAGAGCGAGUGCACACCAGAGUACAUGCGCGUGACUAUACCCAUGGAUGGUGACAGGAAGCUGACAUAUCUCGACCAACUUAAAGACUACACCCCCUGCGAGCCCACCAUGGAGGGCAACCUGGCGACUUUCAUGUUGGACUUGCAAGAUUACCCGAAAUGCGCUGUCACAAGAGUACUCAAUAAAAUUACGGGUAAACGCACAUAUUACCACAAGAUUGUGAUAGAGGACGGCGCGGGUGGACGGGAGAUUGUUACCGUUCGGUGUGUGGUGACGGGGAAGAUGCGGGCGCUGUCGCGGCGGGCUGUGGAAGAAUUCCCGCUCAAUUUCAAUGAGCCUGAUACCCUGGACAUCACGAGGUACAUGGAAGGGCGGGCUCCUGAACCUAUUUUAGGUGCUCUCGUAAAGCAGAACGGAAAACAAGUAUCCGGGGAAAUCUCAGUUACCCCUGGAACUCCUCUAUCCAUGGAGAUUUUCUUGGACAACUCAUCAGCACCGGUCUACGGUCUGCUGGUCGGGUACAUGCACGUCACAGAUACAGGAAAGCAGCAGGAAACUAUUAUAUUCAAUGGUUGCUCAGUGGAUCCGUACCUCUUCGACAACUUCCUGACGACCGAUGGCAAGAAUCUCACCGCUAAGUUCAGGGCAUUCAAAUUCCCCGACACUACUUACGUUCAGUUCAAAGGAACUGUUACAGUAUGCUUGAACAAAUGCCAAGGGGUUGAAUGCAGCAACGGAGUCACGGCUUACGGUCGAAAACGCCGUGCGAUCACAUCCGGCGCUGAAGCCAACAAAGUGUUUGAAGUUUCGCUCACCACUAUCAUUAAGGUGGACUGGGCAGAUGGGAAUAGGGAGGAAGAAGAGGUUCUCACGCUAUUGAAGAACCUGAAAUACGCGAAUCAACUGCUUGGUGAUAAAGACGGUACCCCAGCAACGGUCUCUGAACAAACCCAGGAUAGCAGACCUAUAGUCAACCGAGAAGAAUUAACAUGGUAUUCAAACAAUUCGCACAUACAAACAUACAGCUGUAUGCUUUUACUCGUUACCCUAUUUUUAGUAUCGCGUAAAUAAUUUUAGGGUGAAAAUACUAGUAGUAAUAAUAGUAUUAUGAUAAUGGAAUGAAAACAGUGGGUGUUUUUGGAAUAACCAUAGAUAUUGUCGUUUUUUAAGGGCAGUACUGAUCAGAGACAAUUUUUUUUAAUGACAGUAAUUCUUUCAUCUUAACCCAGAACUUUUUUGUGCAAUGGCUUAGCCAGUUUAUUAAAAAAAUAUAUAUAAUCCACUUUUUCUUACCUGUCAAAUUAUAGUGAUGUAAAAAAUUUUUCUUCUAACGUUUGUUGUAAGACAUACACACAAAGAAAAUUUUAGCAAACUGGUUUUAUUUUAAAUCUUAAAACCAUACCAUAGUAAUGAAGGGAUUGCUAACAUUUUAAAUAUGACAGGUGAGAAAAAAUAUGUUGUACUGAAGAAAUAUAAUGUCAAUUUAAUUCCUUUUUUAAAUAAUGUGUUUUUAUUGGAUACUUUUUAAUGUAUUGAAUAGACGAUUUUAGUAGAUUUUUCUUAACGUAAAGUAUAAUACUCAAGCAAAUAAUAAUCUUAUUCAUUUUAUCAAAAUUUUGUACACGAUAGUCUCAAUAUUAUAUCCUUUUAUUCUUAUAGUAUGG